GUGCCUCCCAGUGCCUCCCAGUUCAUCCCAGUCCCCCCUAAACCUCUGCCCUCCCAGUGCCUCCCUGCCUCCCAGUUCAUCCCAGUCCCCCCUAAACCUCUGCCCUCCCAGUGCCUCCCAGUGCCUCCCAGUUCAUCCGUGACCUCUGGUGACCCUUAG